AUGCCAGAAGUGAUUGGGCACCACGGCAGACUGUCGCCCACCCGUAUUAGACGUCUCUACAUCGGAACAAUAAACAGCCGAUCUAUUUCAACAGCAGCACGCCAAAUCGAACUCGACAACGUCAUGGAGAAGAUCAAAUGCGAUAUAUUAUACAUACCCGGAGUAACAGAAGCCAGGAUACCAUGCAGCGGAAGCUAUGAAUUACCGUCGAGUAUGAUUCUGUUUUACUCCGGUGGCGAAACUGCCCACUGUGGUAUGGCUUUCUUUGUAGGACAACCGCUGGCCCGUGAAGUGAGGUUUACGCCCAUAAGCGACAGGCUGGGAAACCUUUAUCAUCCGUCCCUCAAAGUAUUUGUAAUUGUCUGUUAUGCGCCGGCGUCGUCCAAAGAUAAAAACGUUGAUUAUGAAAAUUUUCUGGAGGAAGUAGAGCGCACCUAUAGGCGAGUUCUAAAAGGAGUUACUCCUAUUAUUUUGGGAGACAUGUAUGCAAAAAUGGGAAGGGAAGUAAGAAACGAACAAAUCAUCGGCAAGUACACUAUUGACGCACUGAAUGAUGGCGGACGCUUACUCACAGACAUGUUAACCAAAUUAGGAUUACGUGCGUAG